AUGUCUGAAGACUCCAAAAGACUGGAGCAAGAAGUAGGACGUCCGGUUCAGCUAUUCUGCCAGGGCGUAGGAGAACCCAAGCCCGAUACCCUACCUCCGCGACGACCGCGCUACGUGACAUACGACAAGACAGUCGACCUAAGGCCAGUAAACUCAAUACUCACUUUGCAAGCGUACGAGCCGGCCGCUAUCUAUCGUUCAAAGCAGUAUCUCGCUCGCAAUGGUAGUAACAAGAAGCUUCGACUUGCACAAGUGGACAUAGAGGACAGGCUCAACAAAGUGGACAGCAAUCUGCGCAUGUUGAAGGCAAAGCUAAAGACCAAGGAAGAGCAACUGAGAGCAAGUCGGAAGACAUCAAAGAGUAUUAUGACUGUAGAAAAAGAGCUGAGGAUCAAGAUUGAGAAGGCGAAGGAGGAAUUGAGCGCUAAGGAGAAGCAAGCUGCGGCACGACGUACUAAGAAGAAUAACAUACGCGACAACUGGGCCAAGAAGCAAAUGGCAGACUAUGAGCAGCGCGAGGCAAAGCAACGGGCGCAAGCAAAGACGGACAGUGGUGUGGAGACAGCGAGCGCCGGAGCUGCGAUGGCGGCCUCCUAUGAGGACUUCGAUAUUGAUGUAUACGGCGACUAA